UCCUGCCAUUUACGGGGACAGUUCCAUCUGAAUGGGAUGCAUAAGUCUGGGGAUGUGAUUCUAGGUGGACUUUUUCAACUUCACUUUUUUUCAACGUAUCCUGACUUCUUUUAUAGCUCUGAACCACAACAGUUUACCUGCCAUGGUUUUGAUCCUCUAGGAUUCAGGAAAGCUCAGACCAUGGCUUUUGCCAUUGAUGAGAUCAACAGAAAUUCCAAGCUGCUGCCUAACGUGACUCUAGGAUACAGUCUGUAUGAUAACUGCCUCCAGCUAGCAAUUGGAUUCCGUGCAGCUUUAACAUUAGUCAGUGGUGAAGAGCAACAAGUGGUUUUACAUGAGACCUGUGUAGGAAUGCCUCCAGUCCUAGGUAUUGUGGGUGAUUCCUCAUCUACACGUUGUAUUGCCAUCUCUUCUGUGUUAGGUUUGUACAGAGUCCCUAUGGUGAGUUAUUUUGCCACAUGUUCCUGCCUGAGUGACCGAAAAAGGUUUCCUUCUUUCUUUAGAACCAUUCCAAGUGACUCUUUUCAGGUUCGAGCUGUGAUUCAGAUUUUGAACCACUUUGGUUGGACUUGGGCAGGUCUGCUGAUCAGUGAUGAUGACUAUGGACUUUACGCUGCCCGUUCCUUUCAGUCUGACCUGGGUCAGUCUGGUGGAGGAUGUCUGGCCUAUGUAGAGGUUUUACCGUGGGGUGAAGACCCUGCUAAACUAAGGAGGAUUGUAGAUGUGAUGAAGAAAUCCACAGCUCGUGUUGUUAUUGUCUUUGCUCAUGAGAGUCACAUGAUUAACAUCAUGGAAGAGGUGAUGAGGCAGAAUGUGACAGGCCUGCAGUGGAUCGCCAGUGAAGCUUGGACAUCAGCUGCUGUGCUUCAGACCACUCGCCUCAUGCCAUAUCUUGGUGGAACACUGGGCAUCGCUAUACGUCGAGGGGAAAUAAAUGGGCUAAGAGAAUUUAUCUUACAAACACGCCCUGACCUGUAUCACAACAACAGCUAUGAAAAUAACAUGGUCAACCAGUUUUGGGAGUACACAUUCGGGUGUAGAUUUGCACCAGCUCCAGCAGGUUGGGUGGAGGGUGGUGGACAACUAUGCACUGGUCAGGAAGAUCUAGAGAAGGCGGAGACUGAGUUCUUGGACGUUUCAGACCUUCGGCCAGAGUAUAAUGUGUAUAAGGCUGUGUAUUCUCUGGCGUAUGCCCUUCAUGACCUGCUACAGUGUGAGUCAGGACAAGGACCGUUCACUGACAACAGCUGUGGCAGUUUACAAAGACUGGAGCCUUGGCAGCUUGUGUAUUACUUGGGAAAAGUCAACUUCACCACAUCAUUUGGGGAUCGAGUCUCGUUUGAUGAGAAUGGUGAUGCUUUACCAAUCUAUGAUGUCAUGAACUGGGUGUGGCUUCCUGAUGGUAGAACUGAAGUUCGAACUGUGGGUGAGGUUAAGAAGUUGCCUCAUGAAGGUGAAAAAGUCACACUUGAUGAAAACAAAAUCUUCUGGAAUUUCAAAUCUAAAAAGCCUCUCCGGUCAGUGUGCAGUGAGAGCUGUCUUCCAGGGACCCGAAUGGCCACAAAGAAGGGGGAACCAGUGUGCUGUUUUGACUGCAUCUCUUGUUCUGAUGGGAAAAUCAGUAAUGGGACUGACUCCACAGAGUGCACCAGUUGUCCUGAGGAUUUUUGGUCCAGCCCCCAGCGUGACCACUGUGUUCCUAAAGAAACUGAGUUCCUCUCAUACUAUGAACCUCUGGGCAUCUGCUUGGCAUCUACAUCUCUGCUGGGCACAUUUAUCUGCGCUGUAGUCCUGGGGAUUUUUAUCUAUCAUAGACAAACACCUAUUGUUCGAGCGAACAAUUCAGAGUUGAGUUUUCAGCUUCUGCUUUCUCUUAAACUCUGCUUUCUUUGUUCAUUGUUGUUCAUAGGCCAUCCUAAACUAUGGACAUGUCAGCUGAGACAUGCAGCGUUUGGGAUCAGCUUUGUGCUUUGCAUCUCAUGCAUCCUGGUUAAAACCAUGGUGGUUCUGGCUGUAUUCAAGGCCUCCAAGCCAGGGGGAGAAACCAGUCUGAAGUGGUUUGGUGCUGUGCAGCAAAGAGGGACAGUUCUGAUUCUUACUUGUGUUCAAGCUACAAUCUGUACAACUUGGCUUGUGUCUGCUUCACCAGCACCUCACAAAAACACUCAAUACUACAACAAUAAGAUAGUUUAUGAAUGUGUAGUCGGGUCCACCAUAGGUUUUUCUGUGCUUCUUGGCUAUAUUGGUGUACUGGCUGUCCUCAGCUUCUUAUUAGCAUUUCUGGCAAGGAAUCUUCCAGACAGUUUUAAUGAGGCAAAACUUAUCACGUUCAGCAUGUUGAUCUUUUGUGCUGUGUGGAUCGCAUUUGUUCCUGCUUAUGUCAGCUCACCAGGUAAAUAUGCUGAUGCAGUGGAGGUGUUUGCCAUCCUGGCUUCAACCUUUGGUCUCUUGUUGACACUGUUUGGACCCAAAUGUUACAUUAUCCUGCUGAGACCAGAGAGAAACACAAAAAAAGCAAUAAUGGGCCGGGGCAUCAAGUCAUAAAACUUGCACUAAGUUGUACAGUAUAAGUUACAAUGUGUUUUUUUUUCUAUACAAGCAAUGUUACAGCAACAAUGUUAAGAAGGAUGAUAGUGCUGACUUAGUGCUGACCAA